AUGGGCAAAGGUCAACCAAAAGAGCCCAAUAUCGAACAGUCGUUGGUCGAUUUGUGUAAAAGAACUGUGGCAAUGAACUUGCUACAGUGCUACCCUACACCAACGGUAGAUGAAAUGAGUUGCGAGGAAUGGGGAAACGGAACGGAAAGAACGCAGUCUGUUACUGCGUGUCAAGGAUGUGUUGAGCUAAGGAAGUACGUUUAUUUUAUUUGUUUGAAUUUCAGAUAA